AUGUCCUCCUCCCCCUCGAAGACUGCCUAUGAUCUCUUGACCGAGAUCAACUCCAUCGGCCAUGUGCCGAAGCUCCUCCAGGACAACAACGCGGUGUCCGCCAUCGCGAGCCCCAGCCCGGUUAGGGCAUUCGCCACCGCUUCGGCGGUCAUCAAAUGGGGAAAGGAGGUCGACAACGCUGAGGACGUCGACUGGAAGCCCAAGCUCAGCCCUCAGGAGAAGGUCGCGAUGAUCUUCGCGAGCAAGGGCUGGCCUCUGGGCCGCGAGCGCCUUCCGGCCGAGCGCAUUCCCCUCCCCCCCUCCCCACUCCCACCGUCGCCCGUGGGUGCGGCCGCCACCGUGAGCGCCAAGGAGGAGGAGAACCCCCGCCUCUCGUUUUCGCCACUCCCCUUCGUGGCGUACACCCCUGGAUUCUUGGGGCUCCGGAACGUCCGUUCGCCUUCUCCUUGGACCAUGAUGGGCUCCCCGCUUUCGUGCAGCACCACGAGCUUCCCCGGCUCCCCAGACCCCUCGGAGCUUCCGCCACCGCCUCCCUCCUGGCUCCCACUGUCGAAGCAAGACGAGCUCCCCGCCCUCAACCUCUCCGAUGUCCGUGUCAUCGAGGACGUCCAGUCGGAUGCCUACAGCACCAUCGGCUGGACGCCCCGCCACCAGCCCGGCCAAAUCCCCCUCGAGCGUUCGCCCUUGGCUCGGUCCGAGACGGCAUCUUCGGUCUCCUCGUCGUGCUUCAUGGGCUCCCUCCUUCUGAAUCCCGACAUGGACUCUGCUUACUUCCCGGAGUCCAAGCUGCCCCUCGCCGCCCGCGCCCCCGGCUAUGGACGGCCCCGCAAGGGCAACGGGGCUUCGUACUCUCCAGGCGACUGGAGCGUGCCACAAGGACAAGACGGGUUGUGGUCGUACACACGGGACUCCUUCGCCGGGAGCCCGACCACGGGACGCGUCCUCUGA